CUAUGAUGGCGGCAACAGUGGUAUCUCGGAUACGAACCGGGACACGGUGGGCUCCAGUCCUGUGGCUGCUUCUGUCGUUGGUGGCAGUGGCGGCAGCAGUGGCUGCGGAGCAGCAGGUGCCACUGGUACUGUGGUCGAGUGACCGGGACCUCUGGGCUCCUGUGGCCGACACACAUGAGGGUCAUAUUACCAGCGAUAUGCAGCUUUCUACCUACUUAGACCCUGCCCUGGAGCUGGGCCCCCGCAAUGUAUUGCUGUUCCUGCAGGACAAGCUAAGCAUUGAGGAUUUCACAGCAUACGGUGGUGUGUUUGGAAAUAAACAGGACAGUGCCUUUUCUAACCUGGAGAAUGCCCUGGACUUGGCCCCCUCCUCACUGGUACUUCCUGCUGUGGACUGGUAUGCAAUCAGCACUCUGACCACCUACCUACAGGAGAAGCUUGGGGCUAGUCCCUUGCAUGUGGAUCUAGCUACCCUAAAGGAGCUGAAGCUCAAUGCCAGCCUUCCUGCCCUGCUGCUCAUCCGUCUGCCCUACACAGCCAGCUCCGGUCUGAUGGCGCCCAGGGAGGUCCUUACAGGUAAUGAUGAGGUCAUCGGACAGGUACUGAGCACACUUGAGUCUGAAGAUGUUCCUUACACCGCGGCUCUUACUGCAGUCCGCCCUUCUAGAGUGGCCCGUGAUGUAGCCAUGGUGGCUGGGGGUCUAGGUCGCCAGCUGCUUCAGACUCAGGUGGCAUCACCUGCGAUCCAUCCUCCUGUGAGUUACAAUGACACUGCCCCAAGGAUCCUGUUUUGGGCACAAAACUUCUCUGUGGCAUACAAAGACGAAUGGAAAGACUUGACCUCCCUCACCUUUGGUGUGGAGAAUCUUAACUUGACCGGCUCCUUCUGGAAUGACUCCUUUGCCAUGCUUUCACUGACCUAUGAACCACUCUUUGGUGCAACAGUGACAUUCAAGUUCAUUCUGGCUAGUCGCUUCUACCCAGUAUCUGCCCGAUAUUGGUUUACCAUGGAACGACUUGAAAUCCACAGCAAUGGCUCGGUUGCCCAUUUCAAUGUUUCCCAAGUCACAGGACCUAGUAUCUAUUCUUUCCACUGUGAGUACGUCAGCAGUCUGAGCAAGAAAGGCAGUCUCCUUGUGACCAACGUGCCCUCCCUCUGGCAGAUGACUCUUCAUAACUUCCAGAUCCAAGCCUUCAAUGUGACUGGUGAACAGUUCUCCUAUGCUAGCGACUGUGCUGGCUUCUUCUCUCCGGGCAUCUGGAUGGGGCUGCUCACCACCCUCUUCAUGCUUUUCAUAUUCACCUAUGGUCUGCACAUGAUACUCAGCCUAAAGACCAUGGAUCGCUUUGAUGACCACAAGGGCCCCACCAUCACUUUGACCCAGAUUGUGUGACAUAUACCAGAGAGGGAUUGAGGGAGUAUUGGUGUCUAGGUUUCCAUUUUGUGACACAGUGGAUGGAAAGGUUUGUCCUCUUCCUACUAUAGCAUGAACCCUACAUACACCACCCUCAGCCUGUCUUGCUUCCUCUUUCCUGGACAGGGACUUCCCUGAGGCUAUCCCCCACUUCUACCAACAAAGUGUAUUAUUCUUCAUAGAUAAAUCUUCCAGGCUUCAUCAAGAGGGGAAGGGACCUUAAUUCUAGGGUGCCCCCCUUUCCCUUUCUCCUUAUUUAUUCUUGCCCCUCUGCUAUUAUUUCGUGCUGUUUAUAGUGCUUUUGUGUAGUAAAUACUCACUCCCCAAGCUUUAUGGAGCUUUCCAGCAAUAGCCAUGAACUUGAGGUCCCUUGAAUUUGAGAGGUGUGGAAAGGCUAGUUAACUGUCCAGCUUAGCCUUUAUGGGUUUUUUUUUUUUUUUGGCGGGUGGGGGUUAAGAAUGAGCGGUACACUGGGGUUUAUUUCUGUGACCUGAGAAGGAAGAAAUCACCACGAGAACUGGAGAACAAAGUGUACUCAUUGGGUUUCUGGUUUGUUCUCACAAGGAUUGCCUGUCAAGAAGCCAGAAGUAUGUGUGUGUGUGUGUGGGGGGGGUGUGCUCUGUUGUUUCAUUCCUAAUAAAAUAAAGACGUGUUGCCAUG